AUGACUUCACGGUUAAGUGGACCUGUUCAUCAGCAAUGGUACAGAUCGAAACCACUCAUCCAUGGGAUCCUGAUCGAACCAAGAUUCAUCACGAUUUACUCAACAGAAACUUGUUACUGCUUCAACACCACUCUGGGACGAAAUCUUCGUGAAUUUGGUAGCGUUCUACGAAAAAUUGCAAAAGUGGAAUCAGGCGACAGGCUAGUGUUUGGCGAACUGUUCUUCUUGCCAAAAAUCGCACAACCGUGCGAUGCACUCAGAGAAUUCGUACGCAAGGCAGUCUCAUGGAGUAAAGAUAUCCCACGUGCAGUGGUUGCUUGCCGUUGUGAAACUGCGGUCGAAAUCUACAAAGUAAAAGAACAAGAUUACACAACGUUUCACAUUCUUUGA